AUGUGGAAGAAAAAUGCUCUACCUAAGCUGCUGCCUAGUAAAAAGGUAUCGAAUUUGCCGUAUCUGGAGACCGACUCGCCGGCAAAGUCUCGGCGAGUUUCUCUGGCCUGCACGGAGUGUCAGCAAAGAAAAUUGAAGUGUUCUGGCACAACCCCAUGCACGAAAUGUACGAUCGAAGGUCGCCAGUGCUUCUAUAAUCCAGCCGGUGAUCGGAGACGCAAGGCUCAUACCGCUGAGUUAUUGCACUUUCGUGCUGCCCUUUACCGAAUGGUUGUAAAGCUGCGCUCUGGAACGUUGGAGGAGAUAUCACGGUUCAUCCAAGAGAUCCAAAACCUGCGAACAGAUCAAGAUGCAGUGAAUCAUCUUGUUGGCGGAUGCUUAUUGAGUGAUGAUCGGAUAAUUCACUAG